AUGACGACUAUUCCAGCUCGCCUGGCCAAGGCUGCGCAGGUGUCUACGUCUCUAGCACAUGCUCAGAGCCGCGCUCGCUCUCUAUACCGCAACUUUUACCGCUCGGUCCCCGAAAUCUGCGCCUUGUACCCUAUUGAUGUGCCCCCGGCGCUAAUGCGGGCCAAGAUCCGCUCGAUGUUUGAGCGCUACCGCGACGUGAAGGAUGUCGCUGUGCUCGACGUGCUCUUGCUGAAGGGCUACCAGGAGUACCAGGAGACUAUGAACGCCUGGAAGCAGACGCCUCAUGUGAUGCGUUUGUUCGCAGAGGAGGAGGCGCCGGCCACACCCAAGACUUUCUUGGAAAAGUUCUACGCUACGCGUGACCAGGGCCGCGGCCCGACCCACGAGGGACUGUAG